GUGUAGUUGAAGGCGUUUGAUGGGUGGAGUUUAGUUCUGCGAUGUUUAUGUGUGUAGCUGAAGGCGUUUGAUGGGUGGAGUUUAGUUCUGCGAUGUUUAUUUGUGUAGUUGAAGGCGUUUGAUGGGUGGAGUUUAGUUCUGCGAUGUUUAUGUGUGUAGUUGAAGGCGUUUGAGGGGCGAAGUUUAGUUCUGCGAUGUUUAUGUGUGUAGUUGAAGGCGUUUGAGGGGCGGAGAUAGUUCUGCGAUGUUUAUGUGUGUAGUUGACGGCGUUAGAGGGGCGGAGUUUAGUUCUGCGAUGUUUAUGUGUGUAGUUGACGGCGUUUGAGGGGCGGAGUUUAGUUCUGCGAUGUUUAUGUGUGUAGUUGACGGCGUUUGAGGGGCGGAGUUUAGUUCUGCGAUGUUUAUGUGUGUAGUUGAAGGCGUUUGAGGGGCGGAGUUUAGUUCUGCGAUGUUUAUGUGUGUAGCUGAAGGCGUUUGAUGGGUGGAGUUUAGUUCUGCGAUGUUUAUGUGUGUAGUUGAAGGUGUUUGAGGGGUGGAGUUUAGUUCUGCGAUGUUUAUGUGUGUAGUUGAAGGCGUUUGAGGGGUGGAGUUUAGUUCUGCGAUGUUUAUGUGUGUAGUUGAAGGCGUUUGAUGGGUGGAGUUUAGUUCUGCGAUGUUUAUGUGUGUAGCUGAAGGCGUUUGAUGGGUGGAGUUUAGUUCUGCGAUGUUUAUGUGUGUAGAUGAAGGCGUUUGAGGGGUGGAGUUUAGUUCUGCGAUGUUUAUGUGUGUAGUUGAAGGCGUUUGAUGGGUGGAGUUUAGUUCUGCGAUGUUUAUGUGUGUAGCUGAAGGCGUUUGAUGGGUGGAGUUUAGUUCUGCGAUGUUUAUGUGUGUAGAUGAAGGCGUUUGAGGGGCGGAGUUUAGUUCUGCGAUGUUUAUGUGUGUAGUUGAAGGCGUUUGAGGGGCGGAGUUUAGUUCUGCGAUGUUUAUGUGUGUAGUUGAAGGCGUUUGAUGGGUGGAGUUUAGUUCUGCGAUGUUUAUGUGUGUAGUUGAAGGUGUUUGAUGGGUGGAGUUUAGUUCUGCGAUGUUUAUGUGUGUAGUUGAAGGUGUUUGAGGGGUGGAGUUUAGUGUGUCUGGAGCAGCAGCAGCUCGCGGAGCUUCAGUCGGGUUCACCGAUCGAAGUCGCUCUGACCGUCUUGGACUUUCUCAGAUGAGUUUGUACAUCGGAGUUUAAAGGAUCAGUUUAAAGACGUCCUGCUCGCGCGCUCAGCAGUAAGUUUGUAUGAUGAUGUGAAUGCGAUUAUCAGCGGAAGAUCGCGGCUCGAGCUCCGGGAGGAUGAAUGUGUUUCUCCGGCUCGGAUUCUCAUUUCUGCUGCUCUUCUGCGCUCCCGUUUCUACUCAAGGUCCAGAAUGUGGUGCUGGAUGUCAUCGACACCACGGGUUCUGUGUGCAGUCUGGGGAAUGCAGGUGCAGAGCCGGUUGGCGAGGCGCGGCGUGCGAUCAGUGCGUUCCUGCACCCGGCUGCGCGCACGGAGCGUGUGAAGAACCCGGACAGUGCAUCUGUGACCGCGGCUGGACGGGAGAGCGCUGUGAUCGAGAUGUUCGUCGGUGUUCAUCAAAGCCCUGCUCGGGAAACUCCACCUGUGUGGAGAUGGAGGGAGGAGGAGGACACGUCUGCCUUUGUUCUGCUGGAGACACGGGGGAAAACUGCCAGCUGAAGAAACCCUGUUCAGCCGCCAGCUCUCGCUGUCAGAACGGAGGAACCUGCUUGGACACGAUCGGCUCUGACAGCCAUCCCUCCUGCCUCUGUCCACCUGGAUUCACCGGCGCGUUCUGUGAGAUCCAGCCUGACGUCUGCGAGCCCAAUCCGUGCGUGAACGGCGGCAGGUGCGUCCGUCGGGACCCGGAAUACACCUGCGUCUGUCCGCCGCCCUUCUCUGGCCCGGUCUGCAGCGUCAGUCUCUCGGCGUGUUCCAGCGGCCGCUGCGUGAACGGAGGCUCCUGCGUGAACGGCACAGACGGCAGGAUCCGCUGCGCCUGCCCGCCCCGAUUCACCGGGCCGUCUUGUGAACUUCACGUCAACAAGCUCAAGCGCAGAGUUAAAGCGCAGCACUACGCCUCGCCGGCUCUCCACAAGCUUCUCCGGCCGGUUCAGGCAUCUGCUUCGCUGGUCACCCGCAGCCAGGUCAUCUGUUUCGUGGUUCUGGGUCUCCUCACCUGUCUGGUGGUGCUGGUCACGACAGGCAUCAUCUUCUUCCACCGCUGCGAGGUGUGGAUGGCCAACAGCAGGUACCGGCAGCUUGUGCGGCAGCAGAGGGAUCUCCUCCUGCGAUCCGACGCCGAGCAGCCUGUCAACAUCAUCCUGCCGGAGAAGAUCAGGCUCAGUCACUAUGGGAGGCAUUACACCUCCAUCUGACCAGAGGAUUCGUGUCAGUGUGUCUCUGAUUCACACCGCUGCAGGAUUUCGAGGUUUAUAUGAACUUAUUGUUGGAAUACAUGCAUAUAUUAACACAAACAUGAUCAUCCUCACGUGAGGGACCCCGUCCUGACAGUUAAAAGGCAUCUAUCUUUUAUAAACACUCAAAAAAUGUAAAUUAAAAAUGAGUUUCUAUUAAGUUUUUUUUCUACUCACUUAAGUAAUAUAGAGUGAAUUCAGGUUGAUUGGGACACUUUUUGCCAUUGAGAUGACUGGGAAAAGUGUCCCAAUCAACCUGAAUUCACCCUACUGCUAAAUGUAUUAUUCGCUUUAUGUUUAUUUUAUCUGGGUUUUUUUUCUAUUUUUAUCUAUUUAUUAUUUAUUUAUUUGUUACAAACAUAUUUUUACACACUCAUUUUAUUAAUUUAUGUAUUUUAAUCUAAUUUACUUUCUUAUUUUAAUCUUAUUAUUUAUGAUUUAUUUAUUCAUUUAAUAUUUUUUAUCUAUUUUUUUUUUUUUUUAUCUAUUUAUUUUUUAUUUAUUUGCUUAUUACUAAUAUUUAUUUAUCUAUUAAACUCUCAUUUUAUUAAUUUAUGUAUUUUAAAGUUAUUUAUUUACUUAUUUUAAUCUUAUUUAUGAUUUAUUUAUUUAAUUCUUAAUCAAUUUUUUAUUUAUCUAUUUAUUUUUUAUUUAAUUACAAAUAUAUUUUUUAUUUUUAAACACUUGUUUUAUUUAUGUAUGUAUUUUAAAGUAAUUUAUUUACUUAUUUUAAUCGUAUUAUUUAUGAUUUAUUUAUUUAAUUGUCCCUGGACCCCAGAUUAAAGGUGUACAACGAUCAGCACACGUGACUCUCAUUCUGAAGUCAUCAGUGAAUCUGUUAUUGAACUGUCCUCUGCUGAAGGAAAGCCGAGCAGAUGAACUUCACCUGAGCAGGUGAUUACGCUCAUGUUCUUCACGGAUCUUACUUUUCAUGCACAUAUUUACAUGUGAACAGAUGAUUAAUGUAGCACUUAAUAAACCAGUGUUUAUCGA